AAGAAAACUCAGAUUUCAAAACCAAUCAAAAGAACCAAAGAUUUGAUUUUUUAUUUUUUUCCCCAAUCGUAUACCUAAUGUUCAAUGCGGGUCCUAUAUCCAGUUCGAUCAAUUACAUCGCCGAUUCCAAGUCCUGAAAUUUAAAAAGAACUCAAAAAAGUUUGGCUUCUGCUCGCUUGAUCGAUUUUGAAGUGAUAAAAGCAUUUGAUAUGGCUUGAAACUGGUAUACAUGUAACGUUCUUGAAAGUCAAGAGUAGUGCAGUACACAAUUGGUUUCUUCCUCUAGAUUGUGCUUUGCAAAUAGCUUGUGGAAGAGCUUUGCAACAUCGCUUGCUCAUUUCACAAUUGGUUCUGUCUAUGGAAUUUGCAGUUCCCUACCUCUGCUUCAAAGUUUGUUAAGCCAGAAACGUGAGCUACUAAAUCCUUUCGGAUAUUCCCCGAGUUGAAAUCCAUGAAUUCCUCAUAAAAACUGCAAAAAUUCUGAUUUGUUUUCAGACCCGUGAGGCCGAACAAAACUCAAGAAGUUAUCCUCUAAGAGAGGAGCAGAGGCGAAAGAAAACGAACAAGUUUCAUAAUGGUUCAGAAGCUUGAACUGAUCAGAGGUGGAGGAGGAUCAAUAAAAAUAGGAGCAACAGGAACAGUCGCAACUCUAAUGACUCGAGAGCUAGACUCCAUGAAACAGCCUUCUCCUCAGACUCCCACAUCGAGACCCAUUAGAACAACAAUCCCUGUCUCAGUAGACUGUGGCACAUCUUCUUCCACUCCAAGAAGACAGAAAGCAAGAAAAUCAUCAGACGAAGCUAGCAGCAGCAGCAACAACAACAAUGUUAGAACACCAAAGGGUCACAAUGCCAGAAGCAGUCAUCAGCUUCCAGUGAUUGGCUCUGAUAAUCUUAGAACACCAAAGGGUCACAAUAACAAAAGCACUCAUCAGCUUCCAAUGCUUGGCUCUGAUAAUGUAUCGUUGCAAGGAACCCCGAGAAGAGAGAAGAGAAUGAACAUUGUGGAUAUUGUGGAUGUGAAAUGUGGGAAUCCAGAUCGAGCUUGGGCUAAUCCGAUAACCAGUAGACUCAAGAAGCUUGGCUUCUCUAAACUCAAUGAGAGCAUUGUUUAAAAGCUCUGCAAACUUUGCCUUAUACUCUGGCACAUGCGGUUUGAAUAUCGGGUAUGAAUUGUAAUCUCUCUUUGUCAUAAUGUAAUCUCUCUUUGUCAAACCAACAAUGUAAUUGCAAACGGGGCUUUUGGUCAUUAGUUUUGGAAUCUUUCUUCAUCCCAAUACAUAA